AUUUUCACAGCGUGGUGGUAUGGACGGCGCCAAGCACGCGAGUGUGCAUGUCGUGCCCAUCCUCGAAGAACCCAACGAGCCCAUCAAUUUGGAUCACAUUGCACACACGCUGGACCAGACAGAGUUAAAUCCUAUCUUUCCCCAGUGGCUCGUGGAACGCAAAGACUUUCAAACAUUCUUUCCCCGGUUCGGCACACGCGCAUUAAGCGAGGACGAGAAGCUGCGCAUGGCAGCGCAGAAGGAACCGGAGAAGCGCAACGGCAUCGACAUCCAGCUCCUGUCCAAGUGGCUGCUGAACGUGCCGUCGUUGAAAGCUCUGAAUGUGAUGCAGGCCGGCGAAAUCGCCAAGCGGAUGCGAUGGGCGUCGUUUGCACCCAACCAACUCGUGUUCAAGAAGGGGGAUAUUGGUGACGCCUGCUACAUCAUUGUGAAUGGCCAAGUGGACAUUGUCGUGAACGGGGAAAAGGUCGGGCGGUUGGUCAAAGGCAUGAACUUUGGGGAGGUGGCGCUGGAACAGGAAGACGCCCUUCGCACAGCCGACAUUCAAGUGACCGAGUCGGGGCCGGCGGACCUCCUCCUCAUUCGCGCCGAAGACUACCAAAAGAACGUGUAUCGGUACCAAUCCAAACGCCGAAAGAAGCUCACCAAGUGGCUGCGCACCGAAGUGUCGAUUUUCCGAGACUUUUCAGACAACAAGCUGCGCUACUUUGAGUCCGUGUCGAUCGAUUUGUUCCUCCACCCGGGGAAUUGCGUGUACAUGGAGGGCGAGGCCGUGGGCGCAUUGUACAUUGUCAAAUCAGGCACCAUCUCGUUGGAGAAGAACGUGCUGUUUGAAACCAAACACAGACGACCCACAGGGAUCAAAGCGUGGUCGGUGCAGUCACACAAGACACACAUCCAAGUCCCGAGCUACGUGGUCGAGUCGGCUGGGUGUUUUGGGAUGGAGUACUUUGUCAAAAUCCCCACACGAGCGCAUACGGCGGUGGUCAAGACGGAAACGCACUUGGUCGUAAUCAACAAGAUCGACUGUGCCUCCACAGUACAUUCGUUUAGUGUCAAAGCCAUCGACAAGCUCAGCGAGCGGUAUCGAACGAUAUGGAAUGCGACCCUUCAGGCCACGACCGCACAAGUUAGCGUGUAUGAAAAAGCCCAAAAGAUCUCGCGGGGGUACUCGCCAGGCCAUCAAGCACCGAUUACUGUCAACCAAAAGCACCCAACGUCUCAAGAACCCCAUCCGAACUUGCAAUUCCCGUCGCUGUCUAGGGCAGUGUGGACUGCAUCCAACAACGUCGUGGCCAAGGCGCAGGACCGAUGCUACACUCCAACGUAUACCCUUGGGCGAUCCGUUUCAACGCCUACUCUUAGCAGCGUCAACUUUGCAAGCCCGCCCUCCGCUGUCAUGACGACACUGUGUCCGCCCACAAGUGCCUCCACGGCAAUCAACAACAAUAGUGUAUUCGGCACUGACACGGGCGAUUUACCUCGCCUUCUUAGUCCGUAA